UACUCUGCCCCCUGCCUCCACCUCCUACGCCCCCCAUCGCGACCGUCUAGCCUUCAUCACCAACCUCCACACAACCAGCUCCUCAACCACCACCUCAUACACACGUCAUGCCAGCCAAGAAGCGUUGCCAGUUCCAAGGCGAACAGCCCUGCAACCAAGCAGCUCUCCGUAUCGUAGGAUCAUGUCCUCACUGCCGUUCCGACUUCUGUGGAACACAUCGUAUGCCAGAGCACCAUGCCUGCAACAAUCUCGAAGAUUGUCGGCAGCAGGCUUUCAACCGCAACAAGGCCAAGCUCGAGAGCGAACGGACAGUAGCCUCCAAGAUGACGACCGCAUAGCGGGUGUUCAUCCUUGUUGAGUGGUCCUGUUUCCCCCUCCUAGCCCUCCCCGCGCGUGGCAACGGUCGUCCAACCCACCCACCUCGACGUCCCCAUUCCAGUCCACUCCAAUGACCCUCCCAGUGCUCUAUCCACUCCGUUUCUCCCCACCGCCGUCUGACCGUUGUCAUGUCGCGCCUCCAUCGUGGAUCUUGCAUAUCUCCCCGGAUCCAUCUUUCCAGCGCCAACUGGUUUCUUUCGCUGGUGGCGCGCAUACCUUUCCGUCUCGUACGAACACUUCCAUCCAUCAUCACGGGCUAUCAUAUAUAUCAACAUACAUCCUUAAUAUUUUGCUAUCCAUCCUCCUCUCGAGGACAUACUUCUCCCUCUCCCCACCGUCGGAUUAUCCGUUGCAUUGUGCCUGCUUCCCAUUACGCCAUUGAUCAUAUUUCUUUUUCGCCUUGUAGACCAUAUUGCCUUGCCUCGUCGUUAUGUUAUUGUAUC